AUGUUGCGCCUAGAUCCUACCGUCAUUCGCAUAACUCUCUCAGAUGUUAAGCGAUACGAGGGUCAGCGCAAAGCACAGGACGGCGGCGGUCGAGGCAACAAUACCCAUUCGAGUCUACAGUCAUCUACGAGUAGCCUACUACACGAGUCGCUGCGACUCCGCUUCUUGCCAGACAAUAUUCGAUCCAGCGAAGAGAGUAUCGAGAUUUACAACAGUCCAGCCGCCCUUGACGGUGACGUUGGUGACACUAUUGUCGAGGACAGCGAAAAGAUGGAAACAUCCCCCAGUGAUAACGAAGACGAAGAACAAGAAGCCGAAAACGAGUCGAUGAGAGAUACUUACGAUGACCGGUUACCGGGCCUCAACGCCCCGAGGCUACCACUCCCUUUGCCCUUCUCCGCGACAGCAAGAGUAACAACAGCAAUGAACCACCCUGGAACUAUCAUUCGGCUGCCAAGGGGCUCGCAACAUGGCGAAUCAAGAUGCACCGCAUAUUUGGCACCGAAAAUACUGUCAAAACGGGCAGCCGAUGUCAUCUCCCGACAUAACGACCUAUCAACGAGACAGACCUUGCGACAAAUACCAGUCCACAAUGAUGAUGCGGCGAACACAUGGCAGCCGUAUGCUUCAGGUGACCUGGCCGAAGCUGAGCAGCAUGGACGGCAGCAGCCACCAUUUCUGCCGAGUAUACCAAGUCCUUCCCCGAGAUCACCUCGACGUGGUGAGAGAGCAAACAUCCCCGCUGGAGGGAUUGCCGAAGCCAUCCGACGAGUCGGCGUCAUGGUGGACUCGGAAGAGACAGACGAACAAGGAAUGAACAUGUGGCGUCUAGCGGCACCUCCCCAGGACGAACAAGACGAGGUACAGGACUUGGAAGAUUAA